AUGACUAAUCGCCCCGGGAAAGGACUUUUGAAAUACGAUGUCCCCAUUCUCGAAGGUAACUUGAAGAAGCAAGUUCCGCAACAAAAACGUACCCGCAAAGAUGCAAACAACGAAGAUCAAGAGGAUGAGCAAUUAACACGCGAAGUUCUCGAUUCAAUGCUUCCACCAAGAAAAUUCGUUCAGGAUGGUCAAACACUUAUUCAAUUUGUAAGUAUUGCGCCAGCAACAAGAUCAGAUGUUGUUAAAUUACAGAGUCAAUUAGAUUCACUUUUACAACAAAGAAAAGCAAGAAAUACUGGCAUUUGUCCGAUUAGAUCCGAGCUCUAUGCCCAGUGUUUUGAUGAAAUUAUUAGACAGAUUACAAUCGAUUGCUCUGCUCGUGGCAAACUUCUAGUUCGUGUUAGAGAUGAAUUACGUAUGAUUAUUUCCGACUACCAGCAAUUAUACGAAUCUGCUGUUGCUUGGGGUAUGAGAAAGGUUAUUAAAGUCGAACAAACUAAAGAUCAGAUUGAAGAGGAAAAUAAAACUCUUAAAGAAGAUAAUAGAGCAUUAGAAGCUAAUGUUGCUAAACUACAAGCUAAAAUUGUUGAACUUGAAAAAGCAUCUGUUACUACACGCGCAGAAAUCGAGAAGAAUUACGCCGAAGAGAUCGCUUAUCUUAAGAAGACGAUCGCUCAGACCAAAAACCAACUCGAUCAGAUAUUAUCUGCCAAGUAA